AUGACGUUGCGGGUCGAGGUACCCGGAGAAAAAGUUGUGAAUUUAGAAUCAUGCAAGUGCAAACCUUACGAUAGCGAAAUAACAAAAUCUGAAGCAAAAUUAAAUGGGAGAUUGAAAGAAUUCAUAAAAAAAACAUGGGCUCUGAGAUCGACAGUGACAGUGGAACCGUAUGUAAUAUGUUAUGUGUUACCGAGUGUUUUAGCGGGAUUGGCUGUUCAGAAUUUAUGUUUAGAAAAAUCAUGUUUAGUGAAUUUGAAAUACGACGUCCAAACAUGCGAUCAUAUAAUGCAGGGACGCACCUUCAACUACACCGAACAAGAGAAAAACGUUCAAAAGAUGGUUGCUAGUAUGACAGCUUGGAGCUUUCCACUGCAGACGGCACUACCUGGAAUAUUGACCCUCUUUGUGGGUGCUUGGAGCGAUCGUACAGGAAACAGAAAAAGCUUUAUGGUUAUUCCAAUAUUAGGAAAAUUAAUUUCAAUAUUUGGUAUUAUAUUGAGUACAGUAUUCUUCCUAAAAGUUGGUCUCAACGAAACUGCUUUAAUCGAAGGCCUUCCUCCAGCGCUGGCUGGUGGGCGCGUAGCCAUGACGAUGGCUGUGUACAGUUACAUUACAGAUAUAACAAGUGAGUCCGAGCGGACUUUUCGUUUAGGAAUCAUUACAGCUAUUCUGACUCUUAGCAGGCCGAUUGGGCUUGCCCUUAGUGGAAUAAUGACUAGACGUUUCGGCUAUUAUGGUGUUUUUACAGUAGCGUGCUUUUUCUACAUGACUGGUUUUGUAUACAUCCUUCUGAGAUUGAAGGGGAAAGCCGUAAAAAAAAUAGAUAAGGAAGAGCCCCAGACAAUUUUGUCAAUGUUCUCAGUGAAGGACUUAGUAGCCACAGUGAACGUAGCAUUUAAAACUCGACAGGGAUCCAGACGCUUGCAGAUCAUACUAAUUAUGUUUGCAUAUAUGUUCAUCGUUGGACCUGUUCUGGGUGAGGCGCAGAUGACGUACUGGUUCACUCGCUACAAGUUCAAAUUCACCGAAGUCGACUACAGCUUGUUCCUCACAUACUCCGUCCUUAUUGGUACUAUUGGUUCGUUCAUAACAAUAUAUUUAUUCAGCAAGAGGUGGAAAAUAGAAGAUAGUGUUAUAGGGGUGAUGGCGUGUGUGAGCCGGGUUGCUGCGAGUAUGGUUUACGCACUAGCGCCCACUAGAACGAUAUACUUCCUUGGUCCUGUCCUAGACAUGUUCAGUUCGGCUGGUGCCACGUCCCUACGAUCGAUUGCUACUAAACUCGUUGAAGCGGAUGAAGUUGGUAAAACUAGCUCUCUGAUAAGCAUAUCAGAAGCAUUAGUGCCCGUGAUCUAUUCACCGGUGUAUAGCAAAUUAUAUCUAAGCACGCUGUCAACUUUCCCCGGGGCGUUUUACCUCAUCAGUGCCGCACUUGCUGUUCCUGCCAUAGCUAUAUAUAUAAGUCUAUUCAUUUUACGGAAACGAGAGAUAAAAGAAGAGAAUCAGUCUGCUGAAAGAAACCCUAAGGAUAGUGAAGUUACCCGAUUU